AUGAAGGAGGCUGCACACAUUGUGGGAACACGAAGCACAAUAAAGAAACUUACUUCAAGCUUCAUGGAUACCCAGAUUGGUGACAUGAACUCAAGGAAAAGAAAAAGCGUGAUGAUGGACACGUUGCUCUUGCUAACACUAAAAAUAGUGCCACCAUUGAACCUCACCUCUCUCUUAUACCUCAAAAUGAAUCUUCAUCAGCUGCAACAAAUUGUUCUUUUGCCAGAAAUAAAUCAGGAUAUUCUCACAAAGGAGAUUAUUGGUCGUGGUACUAAACGAGGAGGGUUGUACUACAUGGAUGACUUUAGCAUUGGCCGGACAAAUAAUGUUGGUCGAAAUAGUGAUAAAGAACGAGAAGUUUGGCAUAAUCGUGGUAAGCCACCAAAUCGGUAUUCACCGGAGCUUAAGGAGGGGAGAAAUAAGUAUCCUAUUGCUAAUCAUGUCAGUACCAAAAAACUAUCACAUUCCGUAAAGACCUUUGUUCAUAAGCUUUUUUCUGAGCACAUUCCAAAUACAGUGCAAGAAGCUCUACAUAAUCUCAAAUGGACCCAAGCAAUCAAUGAAGAAAUGGCAGCUCUAGAGAAGAACAAUACGUGGAAACUUGUUCCUUUGCCCAAGGAAAGAAGAACGAUAGGAUGCAAAUAG